ACCAUGAGAAGUGUGCGUGUGUGUUUCUGCCUGGCUCUGCUGCUGCCUUGGUGUGUCCAGAGCCAGAGGAGCCGUCCAACUCUUGCUAAACUUGAUGAAGACACACAGAGGGAGGUGUUGGCUGUGGACAUCCUAAACCGCAGCGGUGUGUUGAAUUCAUUGCUCCGAUCAGAGCAUCACACUGUGCUCCGGCGAGAACGAGCCCCGCGCCCAGCCUCCCAGGUGCCAAAAAGAGCCCCGCAGGGGUCCCGCUUCGCCCUCUCCCUUGAUGUUCCCACCAGCAUCCUCAGUGUCCUCAUAGACCUGGCCAAGAACCAGGACAUGAGAACCAAGGCAGCAGCCAAUGCAGAAUUGAUGGCACGAAUAGGCAAGAGGAAAUAAGAAGCAGGGCUCCUGGGAGCUGUCAGGGGCUCGAUGGAUGAAAUCUCACCUCACAGAGGAGUUAACUUCUUACAUUGUGGCACCGGCACCUGGUUAGAAACAAUGUUAGUUCAGGUAAAACAGUAAUUACGGUCAGUAUCUGUCCUUUAGAGCUUAGAUCUGCUUUACUUUUAUACUUGUAUUAUAUGAUUAUAUUACCUCGUUCUAGACCCUAACCACUCCAUUGACUGACUCUUGAAACAGAAGUAAAUAGGAAGAAUGAUGUAAAAACAAACAAAAGGACACUGCAAACAAUGCCAAACAA